UCCUUUAUUUCGGGAGGAAGUUGUUCUCGCUGCAGUUUUGUUAUGGAACCGACUGCAAUGGACAUGUGAGACAAUUAAUAUCUAUUGAGUAGGUAGAAAACUUCCCUGGGGGUCAUUUCUCUGCGGCAAUAUUGUUGAUUUGUAACGAUGGCUCUAAGUCCAGUGCGAGAAAGCAGCAAACACGGGUAAACGUUGAAAGGAAUUAAGUAUUUGGGUAAAUAUAAGUUGAGUCCCCUUCAUUCUCAUGGCUGGGCAUUAUUGGAUUGUUUUCCUACCGAUACUUUCGGUUUUCAUCGAUGCUUUUAACAUUGACAAAGAAAAAUGUAUGAAUGAAUCUUGUGGAGCGUAUAAACCAUACAGUCCAUUAAUUCUUUGUUCCUAUCUACCAAUGGAAUUUCUGAAUUGUAGUCCACCUCAAGAUCUUGAAGAAAAUGAAACUGCUCGUGAAAUGUUGGGUUAUGGUUGUACGAAAUGGGGCGGACGUCGUUAUGAAGAUGUUCAAAAGACUCAUGUAUGGUGUACUGCCUUAGAAGGUAUUGAGUGUUUUGGUAACAGAAAAUUCCUGAAGGGUGGCUUCCCAUGUAUCAAGUACAAUGGUCAUUACUUCCUUACAACUUUAAUUUAUUCCGUAUUGUUGGGUUUUCUUGGAAUGGAUCGAUUUUGUUUAGGACAUACAGGAACUGCUGUUGGUAAAUUACUGACGCUUGGUGGAAUAGGCAUCUGGUGGAUUGUUGACAUUAUUCUUUUGAUUACUGGAUCUUUAAAGCCUGAAGAUGGUAGCAGCUGGGUUCCCUAUUACUGAAGAGAUUUUUUUUAUUAACAUAUUUGUAGUGUUCAAUUUGAGAUGAAAAAUAUAUUUGUUGUUUAAAAGUCUCAAAGCAUAAGAGAAAAUACAAUGACUUGCAAAAAUGCAUACUUUGAAGACAAUGCUAAUUAAAAUCUGCAUUCAUCUAUUAAUGGUAAAUUUGUAUCAAAUAUGCCUUUUAUAUGAUGUACUGCUUUUAAUUUAAAGUUGUGCUUUAUUGUUAAUAAUUACUUGAAUAAAAUUUCAACUAAAAAUAUCU